AUGCGACCACCGGUACGGCUACUCAAGCCUCUGGAGGCACCUAGUCUCCGAAGCUCAAAAAACGCCUUGUACGUUUGCUCCAAUUGCCGCUACGAUGCCUCCCUCCCGUCAUCCUCGCAGCACCAAUCUCGUCGUUAUGCCAGCGGUAGCGGAAACACCCCCUUCACCGACAAGAUUCGACGACGAAUCUGGGGAACCGAUAACCCUCCUGGUUUGGAAGAUCCAUAUGGCGGUGAAGGUGUAAUUGCGAAGGAAUGGGCAAAGCGCAAGGCUCAAUAUAUGGGCGAGGACAAACGCGAGGCUCAGCAAAAUGACGGAAAGGAACAAGUUCCAGAGGAAGAGGAAGACCACGAAUAUGACGAAGGAGAGGGUUUGCUUCCGGCGGAUUUUACGCCUGCUACCACGGCGCAUGAUUUGCCGAGGAUGGGUCAUUUGAGUCAAUGGAAUGACUUUCCACCCUCUCAGGCUGAUAUAUAUCAAGGAUUUUUGUCCCUUAAGAAAGCCAAUCGCAGCGCCCACUUCCGCUCAGCCGCUCAAUCUGUCGCUGUCGAAUUGAGUCUUUUGCACGAACUCAAGAAACCAUUAUCGUUAGCUUGCGACCUGACUAGACACGACCAGAUGAUCUGGAAGAUGAUUAGAGAAUGCCAGAUCAAAGAUGGAAACCUGAAAUUCCCUAAUGAGAAAACAAAGGAGACACUAUUCUUUGUCUUUAACCAGCUUGGAGAGACCCCAGAGGUUCAAACGGAGACCACCGCUGAAGCUACUGAAGCUGCAGUUGACGUAACUGAGCAACUCGAAGCUGAAGCAGUGGCCGACGAAGAGUUCGAAGUUGAGGAAGUCGCUGAAGUCGAGGAACCUCAAGGAAUAGUGGAUGCUGUUCACUCCUUCGCAUUGAAACACACAAAAGCCCCCAAAGACGAAGGAUAUCUUCAAUUCUCCCUUGCUGACCCCGCCAUCAAAUUCGCCUUCUUCAAACGCUACUCUCAAAUAACCGGCCACCACAUGCAAGACAUCUGCGCCUACAAUGCCAAAUCCAUCGGAGAUGUAAUCGCACACGUCGAAAAGAUCUACUGCCGCCCCCAGAAGCUAGCGAAGGAACUACGAACGUUGAAAGGACGUCUCGAUAUUCCGAACUUGGCCAUCUAUUCCAAGCGAUACACCAAAGCGCAGCAUGAUCGUGAAGUGGGCAGAGCGAAACUUGUGGAGGCAGCUUUGAGGGAGAGAGGGUUGUUGAAGGAGCAGAGUGAGAGCAAGUUCCGCUUAUAA